AUGAACUGGAAACGCAGCUUAUUGACAUUUGCUCUACUUGAUACGGUAAGUGCACUUCAAGGGAUCACAAUGAACAUGUAUCCUCCGGACCCUUGCGGAAGUAUUUGUUUCAAGUACUUCAAGGGGUUCAUUUUGGAUUGUUCGGUCAUUUUAACCGAUGAAGAACUUGCAAUGGCCAAACCAAAAAGUAGUCAUGAUAAGCCCACUAAAGUAAACAAUUCUGUUUCCUGUUUGUCUAAUAAUGAACAUUAUUUAAACAGUGUCGCCUGGUGUUUCGAAACACAGUGUUCAAAUUUCUCGGACGUGUCCCUGGCUGAAGUGAAUAGAGUAUGGAGCAAAAGCUACCCCGUGUCAAACUACUCAUUUGUUGAUGCGUUAGCGAUGGGUAAACCAACGGAAGUGGCAAAUAUGAACUUAAACCCAAAUAUGACAUAUGGAUUAUUAGUCAAUGAAACCGAGUUCUAUAUCUCGUAUAAGAGUGCUGAUGGAAUUUUCCUGGCUGAAAAUACGCAGGCCAAAAUGGCCUUAUCGUUGGUAAUGAUCACUUGGAGUUUGGUUUUAUUCGGCAUGUUUUACAACAUAUCGGAAAAAUUUCAUUUGGGUGAACGGUUGUUACCACGUUCUUUUUUUAUUUUCUUAAGAAAAAACAUAAUUUAUCCUGCUUUAUUCAGAGAAAAAUGUGCUGUGCCAAUUAGUCUGGGUGAAGGGCUACCAAUCGAUUAUGCUCCCCCAAGAAUUGUUUCACUUACGAUUCUACUAUAUUACGCAAUUAAUUUGAUUUUCUGUGCUGUGCCUUACAGUUAUUUCAAUUUAUUUAAUAGGUAUCCACACGAUAGGUUUAGUGUUCUAUGCCUUUAUGUCGGUAAUCGUACUGGAUUUUUGGCAUUUGCAAAUAUGCCAGUUCUAGUCUUAUUUGCGUCCAGAAAUAAUAUUUUCCAAUGGCUCACAGGUUGGUCAUACGCUACUUUUCAACAUUAUCAUAGACACGUUGCGAUUAUUUGUCUUUUAGAGACAAUUGCACAUAGUGUCAUAUAUACUGCAACGUAUGCAAGGCUUCAUAUAUAUUCCAUUGAAGCCGCAAAACCAUAUUUUUGGUGGGGAAUAAUUUCUACCAUUGUUGGUUCUCUUAUUCCGAUAUUUUCCAUUUUGAAGCUAAGAAUUUCAAGAUAUGAGUUUUUUUUGGCUAUCCACUAUGUAAUGGCAAUAUUAUUUUUGGUGACUGCACAUUUGCAUUUGUUGAAAAAAACAGGUUCCAAGUGGGGAUAUCCAGAUUGGCUAUAUUUAUCGUAUGCACUAUGGUUCUUUGAUUUAUUUAUGAGAACACUCAGAAUACUACGGCUAAAGUUUCAAGGAUGCAGAAGUAAGGCUUUGGUUGAAUUGGUUGACAAAGAAUCCAGGACCAUAAAAAUCACUUAUGAUGUUGGCAAUGCAAAGCAGAAUUAUUUGAGCAACUAUUACUAUCUCUAUUUUUUUACUGUUGCGCCAUUCUUCACAAGCCAUCCUUUCACAGCAGCAGAAUGGUCAUCUCAGAACGAUGUUGAAGAAAUAUCUGAUAGUAGUGACGAGAGUGAGAAAUUAGUUGCUAGAGAAACCACUUUUAGUAAUUCUUCGAAAUUAUCAUUCUACGUAAAAUGUAUGAAAGGCACAACAAAUGAAAUAUUCAGGAAACUUGAGAAAAACAACUACAAUCCUCUUGAAAUUUAUUCUCUUCUUGAAGGCCCGUAUGGAUCUUACGAAAGAGAUAUGUACGAUGACUUUGAUUUUGUUAUGAUCCUAACAGGUGGCAUUGGGAACACAAUUGUAUUAAAUCACCUCCGUUACUUCUUAGAUUAUAGAAGCACUAAAAGUAUCCAAAGUAAUAGCAGUGUAAAAAUCCAAGUGUUGCAUGUUGACCGUUUUUCCCAGAGAUUGGCUUACUUAAAAGAAAAGAUUCAAUCACUCAUCACUUUGAAUGUUUCGCAUGAUGUAAAAGUUGAUUUACACAACACAAGUCACCGAGGGCAUGUCAAUAUCAGAGAAUACUUGAAAAAAUACAUUGAACACAUCGAAACAGAAUAUCCGACCGGCAUUAGAAGAGUUGCUGUCAUUUCUUGUGGCCCUGCAAAAUUCAAUGAUGUGUCCAGACAUGCAUGCGUUGAACUUCAAAAGAAAAUAGUCGACAACACAAUCGUCACCUACAUCAGCGAUCCAUUUGAAUGGUGA